GUCUUCCCCAUGUUUCCCCAACCGUCCAAACUCGGAAGCCAAAACAACAUCACCACCCCACCACAUCACACAUCGCACCUGCGUCGCACUCAGCCGCAGCUGUAUUUGCCUACCAGCUACUAGUACUACACUUCAACCUCACUCAUCACCAUGACUGGACGUGGCAAGGGCGGCAAGGGCCUCGGCAAGGGCGGUGCCAAGCGCCACAGGAAGAUUCUUCGUGACAACAUCCAGGGCAUCACCAAGCCUGCAAUCCGCCGUCUUGCUCGUCGUGGCGGUGUCAAGCGUAUCUCGGCCAUGAUCUACGAAGAGACUCGUGGUGUUCUCAAGUCCUUCCUCGAGGGCGUCAUCCGGGAUGCCGUCACAUACACCGAGCACGCCAAGCGGAAGACUGUUACAUCCCUUGAUGUCGUCUACGCGCUGAAGAGGCAAGGCCGGACACUCUACGGUUUCGGUGGCUAGGCGGGGUAAUGAUUCAUGUCGUUAUGAUGGCUUUUGGGCGGUCGGCACGGUUGGGUUGUCAUGGUUCAUGGGAUUUGGUUUCUGCUUUCAGGCUUCUGUACCAUAAGGGCAAUCAAGGGUGUUCUACAUGGGUGACAAUUUGAUCCCCUAGUUUCUGGGCUGGUUCUGCAA